GUUCAUUUGUACAAGAUGCACGGAACGAUGCUGACUUGCGCCCUCGUCAUACUGAUGACAGGUCUGAUCGCCAUGACACUCGGUAACCAAGGCAACAACGCACGAUACAAUCGAGGCGAGGACUGUCGUUUCAUCUACGCGUCACUGAAGUACGUGUGCGCACAGGGAGCGGGAAUUACCCAGGUACCUUCCCCGUGCUGCAUCACGCAAGUACGGUAUCUAGAGCUGGUAGGUAACCCGCUGACAACUCUCCGCAAGAAAGAGUUUAGCAGGCGCUUCUCCAACCUCGAGAGUAUGGACUUGAGGAACAAUCAGAUCAGCCACAUCCAGCAGGGGGCAUUCUCGGGACUCAGGAGGGUCCAAAUCCUGGAUCUAAGUGGGAAUCGGUUGACCAGCCUUCCUGACGGAAUCUUCAAGGGUCUGAGCUCCUUGACAACCUUGCAUCUUGGCGGGAAUGGGAUGGCCAGAAUGUCUCAAGGAGCUUUCAGUGGUCUCCCAUCACUCAGUGUCCUGAGACUUGACAACAACAACCUGCGGGAGAUCCAGGAGGAAGCCUUCGAGCCGUUGGAGAGACUACUCAGUCUCUACCUAAACGGAAACCAGCUAACCACCUUACAAUCUGAGAGCUUCAGUGGAUUGAGCCGGUUGCAGACGCUCUCUUUAGCCAGUAACCAACUCCAAACCUUCCCGGAUAUACUUCCGAAGCUUCCUGACUUGGUUCAGUUGAUACUAAACAGCAAUCCGCUCAUCUGUGACUGUAGGGUUCUGUUCCUCCAACAGUGGCUGGCUGGACACAGUGGCGGACAGAGCAGAGAAACUGUACGCUGCUCAGCACCUCCAAGAUUCCGGGGCCAUAAAUUGAUGCCCAUAAGCCCUCGAUCUCUUUGCCAAACGGACCACCACCCACCAAACACAAAUGGAGAUGGAACAUCUUAUGUCUUUCAAGGAUAUGACGAAAGUUUCUCAAGUGCGACAUCAGUCACUCAUCAGGGGCACGGUGACUCUGCCGCUGGUGGGAAGUCUUUCCCUUCAGCGGGGAGCACAACAAAGCCGGCAACAGCCAAUGAGAGAUACGAACAGGUGUUUUUCGAUAAUAUCCCCGGAGACUCAGAUCAUGCAAUCCCUCCUCCACUAAGACCUACUAAGGAUCCAGGAGUAGCAUUAGAUCCUGGACAGGGACCUUCUCAGGCAACCACAAUACCAAUACCGAUGCCGAAACCAACGAGGGACCCAGAACGCACAGGGUUUGUCACUCCAAACCCACGACCUGGCCUUCCACCGGACGGAAGUCCCAACGCAUUCAAUCCAAACCCUUCUGGACAAAAUCCUUCGCGACCCAGACCGCCCGGAAGGCCUCCACCGUUCGAACCACUGCGGCCAACGUCUGGAUACGGCUGGCCAAAUCAAGACACUAACCAUACCGCGAGGCCAGGGGUUGCAGGAGGAAAUGGAAACUCAGAGAAACCAGCAGUCGAUCCUGGGGGACCUGGCGUCCAUCAAAACGGCUCGUCAAACUCCAAUGGCACAUUAGGAAACUUUCCAGAUGGUGGAGCCACAGGGUCUCCAAACCACACUCAAAAUGAGUCAGGUGCGUCGAACAACAAACCAGGACAACCUACAGAUUCUGGGAUUUUGACAACCUUGUCAUCUGUAGCAGUCAACUCGUCCGUGAUCGCCGGACUCCCAGGGGUAGUUGGCACGAGCGGCGAGGCCGGGGCGGACGGGAACGCGGAGUUGCCAAAUUUACCUCUCGUCAUUUACGGUGUGGACGGCCAGAACGUCGUGCUACACUGCGGAACGAAAGACUUGGCCCCCUAUCCCCGGGUGAAGUGGCUACAUCCCCACGGUCGCCCCGUCACAGGCCUGGACAGCCGCUUCAAGUUGAAACGGGACGGGUCUUUGCGAAUUCACCCUCUGCGAAAAAGUGACAUGGGUAGUUACCGAUGUAUCGUGAGAACCCUGACAAGUUCUCGAGUGAUUUUGGUCCGUCUGCGGGCUGCUUGCCCUUGCACAAAUGCCGUGUCUUUUGAUGGGCAACUUUAUUACGAUGACUCCUCCCCUGAGUCGCAUCCAGUUCCAACGUACGCGUGCAGUUGGACACCAUUGGUCAUAGCCGUGGUGACGACGUUCCAAGGAACCAUUGCCGCGUGCGCGUUAGCGUUCUGCGUGUGGUACACGCGCUGCCACCGCAGAAAGACAUUCACCAUACGCGUGGAGGAGGCUGAAAGACGCGACAGCAAGAGGCUCAGAAACAGCGAUAUGUCUGUUUUAAGACAUUGCUCCAAUUCCACCGUCACUUCACUCACGGACUGCUCUCGAGCGACCAGUUGCGAACAGGGAUCGCUCCACCCUUCCGAUUCGCUCACUACACCCCGUACAAGCCACACCCUUAGCGACUACAUGAACGCUUAUGUGACGCAGCAGAUGCGUCGGAACUACCAGCUUGGAUUGCCGAUACCAGACUAUGUGGAUCUGGACCCCAAUUCUCGGGACCCUCACGAGACUUUGUACUCGAGUCUUCGAGGACGAGACUUCAACAAUAGGAGGCGGCGUAUUGUUACUCAGUGAACGCCCACCGCCAUUAAAUUGACGGUGGAUUUAUAAAUAGAAUGUUUUAUUGUGAUGUUUGGCGCGAAACAAGAAAGUCGUCAUUUAGAGCUCUGCGGUUAGUGCACGACUAAAAAAGUACUGUACAAUAAAAUGCAUGGUAUAGACAA